AACAUGCUGAGAUGUUAAAAACAGAUCUACAUUAAGAGGGUAAUUUAUUCAUCUUAAUGUGCACGUUUUUACACUUAUUCCGAAAUUAAAAGGCCUGGUACAUGUAUUUGUUAAAAAUGAAAAUCUUUGAGUGUUUAUUUGAUAAAAGGGAAAACUUUUUAUUUUGUACAACAUUUCAUAUAUUUAUUAACAUUUUACACAAAUAGAUCUUAAUGUGUGAGUAUUAAGGACCUGUUGUAUAAAUACAAUGAAUAUCUUAUUAUUUGCAACAACAGUUUUAUUUCUAAAGUUAACAACUUCAAACGUUACCAUACCAAUGUCAACAACAUAUGUUAACGUCACCUACUGCGGAAAUCUAACGUGUUUAAAUAAUGCUAAGUGUGAAAACAGAAGCAAUGGAGACAUGUUUUGUAUGUGCCAACGCGGAUUUAAAGGAUCGACUUGUGAUGAAGAUCUUGAUGAAUGCAAAUUUGGAAACCCAUGUUUUCGCCGUGGAAAUUGUCAGAACUCUAUUGGAGGCUACAAAUGUGUUUGUUUCAAAGGUUGGCUAGGCGAAAAUGAUCAUUGCUCAAUAAAGGACAAUAAAACCACUCUACGUGAAUGUGGCAAGGGAUGGUUCGGGCCAUGGUGUCAGGAUCAUUGUCUGAAUGAUUCUAUGUGCCGACCAAACGAAGUGUGUGUGAUGCAUAAUACUAGUAUUAUCUCUGAAAGUGGUCAGCAAUGCCGUUGUGCUCCUGGAUGGUUUGGUAGAAAUUGUACUAUUGACAAAGAUGAGUGCAGAAGACAUCCAUGUCCAAAAACUGCGACAUGCAUUAACACACCGGGUUCGUUUGAUUGUCACUGCCUUUCUGCUUGGAAGGGAGUUAACUGUAAUAUUGAUGUGGACGAAUGUUUGACAAAUCCUUGUAAACAUUCAUCAAAUUGCACGAAUACACUAGGGAGUUACAACUGCACAUGCGCAAAAGGAUGGACGGGAGAUAACUGUGAAGAAGAUAUUGACGAGUGCGCAAUGACUCCAUGCAAUGGUUCUACCCACUGCGAAAACGUUCCUGGAUCUUAUACAUGUACUGGAAGUUCUGACACUGGUAACUUGUAUGUUAUCAUAGGAGCGGUUGUAGGCUCAGUGUGUUUACUCGUAUGUCUCGUGGUUGGUCUUCUAGUUAUUAAAAGGAAAUCCCGGAAGUGUACAACCUCAGUCGCUAGUCAACAUCAUAAGGAAGACAAGGAACAGUAGCAUCAUUUACAGUGAAGCAGGGACAACUGUUAACAAUAUCUAAAAAACAACAGCAAAUAACUGAAAUAAUAUGACAUAAUAAAUACUACAGUAGAGUAAACUACACUGAAGAAGAGCAACAUAAUCAGAGUAGCAUUGGCCACUGAAAAACAAAAAUAACAACAUGAUAAUUAGAUAAGAUGUGACAAUGGUGACAAUAUCAAAAUCAGCAAAAAUAAUGACUGCAUCACACUUUGAACCUUUUUAUGAUUUAAAAGAAUAUAACAUUAUGUGUACAUCAACUUCUGUUUAUUAAACAUUUUUCAAGGACACGAGAUGUUUAUAAACGAUAUAAUUAUUAUAUGAAAAGCCACAAAUUAUUUUCUAUGCUGGCUAUCUAUUUUAACAGUUAUAUAAAAAGAUAUAAUGUGCAUUGUUCAAAUUGCCACUUUGAUUGUAUACCACUUGUGAUAAUUGGGAAAGAUAAGCUCUGUGUCAUAGGAUGCUCCACUAACAACAAAUCUGGUGGUUUUAUUUCAUUACAUACAUCCGAAUGAACCAUGCUAUUUAAAAAGAGUAUAGACUUUGCCAAAUUAGUGCAUAACUUGUUAAAAACAAAACGAACAACAUAAAAAUCAACCACAGCUUCAAUAAUGUUAAAAAUUAAUUCAGAAAUAGCAUCGACCUACGCGGUAUGGAUCUUACAACAUAGAACAUUAAUUUUGGAAAUAAUAUUUAAAAUCCGUAGUCUACCCAAUUGCGCUUUAACGCUCAGUGUAACUAUUUCAUAAACACAAAUUAAUCACAUCUUACUGCGUAAGUUACCGAAACUAUCAGAGAUUCAUAUAUUGUGUGCAUUGACAGCAAUUGGCAGGUUUAUUAAAAUCAAACAAUUUAUAUUUCUAUGAAUACAACGAGAUCAAUGUAACCAUAUUGGAAGCCAACAUUAUCUAAGUUUUUAGGUACUAAUGUCUUAUGUCAGAAUAAGAUUGGAAAGUUACUUUUUUAGUUGUAAGUAAGCAAAGAACAUGUCUAAAUCUAUAUCUCGUAUAGUAUAAAUUCAUAUAUUUAGUUCUUUAUGAUCAUUACAUCGUACUAUGUGCUAAAUCACGAAAUCACUAUUAAUAUAAUCAUCCGGAGACAUA